AUGUCUGGCUUUGAUUCAAGGAUACUAGAUGUUAUAAACAAAUUGCAAGACCUAGUUUAUAACACCAUAGGCAACGACUCUCUAGACUUGCCCCAGAUUUCUGUUAUUGGCUCUCAAUCCUCUGGUAAAUCUUCGGUUUUAGAAAACGUUGUGGGUAAAGAUUUCCUACCAAGAGGCACAGGAAUCGUUACCAGAAGGCCUUUGAUCUUACAACUAGUCAACAUUUCUGAAGAUUCUCCAUUAAUUUUCAAAAAUACUGGGGAUGUCUCCAAAAAUUCUUUAGCUUCUAUAAACAAUCCAAACGCUACCAACAACAUCAACAACAUUAACAUGGCUAACAGCAUGACUUUGGAUCAACAUCUAAGACAAUAUGCCAGCAAUCAAACUCUCAACAAUAAUCCAAACAUCAACAAUAACAAUAACAAUCAACCCUUAGUAAACAAGUUUACUCUACCAAAUGAGUGGGGUGAGUUUUUACAUUUGCCUGGAAAAAGAUUUUAUAACUUUGAGGAUAUUAAACUAGAAAUUGAAAAUGAAACAUCGAGAAUUGCCGGUAAAAAUAAAGGCAUUAACAGAAUUCCAAUCAAUCUAAAGAUCUAUUCUCCAAAUGUUUUAAAUUUAACUCUAGUUGAUUUACCUGGAAUAACAAAAGUUCCUAUUGGCGACCAGCCAACCGAUAUUGAAAAACAAAUUAGAAACUUGAUUUUGGAAUACAUAUCAAAACCAAACUCGAUUAUUUUGGCUGUUUCUCCAGCUAAUGUCGAUUUAGUCAAUUCCGAAGCCUUGAAAUUAGCAAGACAAGUCGAUCCUCUGGGAAAGAGAACUAUCGGUGUAUUAUCAAAACUAGAUCUAAUGGAUCAUGGUACAAAUGCUUUAGACAUCUUAUCUGGUAGGGUUUACCCAUUGAAACUAGGGUUUAUUGGCGUGGUCAAUAGAUCUCAACAGGAUAUUAUGCAAAAUAAAUCCCUAGAAGACUCCCUAAGAGAUGAAGAUGAUUUUUUCUUAUCCCACCCUGUUUACAAAAAUAUUCACAAUAAAUGCGGUACUAAAUUUUUAUCAAAGACUCUUAAUCAUAUAUUAAUGAACCACAUUAGAGAAAGAUUACCUGACAUAAAAGCCAAAUUGAAUACUCUUAUGGGCCAAACUGAACAGGAGCUACUAAGCUAUGGUGAUUCAAACCUAUAUUCAAAGGAAAAUAGAGAAAAUUUAAUCUUGUCCUUGAUGACAAAAUUCGCAACAAGCUUUAUUUCGUCGAUUGAUGGUAAUAAUACUUUUGACAUUUCAACAAAAGAAUUAUGUGGCGGUGCCAGAAUUUACUAUAUAUACAACAAUGUAUUUGGAAAAGUAUUAAAGGCAAUCAAUCCCACUGCAAACUUAUCAACAGUUGAUAUUAGAAUUGCUAUAAGAAAUUCAACAGGUCCAAGACCAUCGUUAUUUGUACCAGAAUUGGCAUUUGACUUGUUAGUUAAACCUCAAAUUAAACUAUUAGAAUCCCCAUCUCAUAAAUGCGUUGAACUUGUUUAUGAAGAAUUAAUGAAAAUUGUUCAUAGCUGUGGCUCAAAUAUCCCAGAAUUAGCAAGAUAUCCAAAAUUUCAAACAAAAUUAAUUGAAGUCGUUUCAGAUCUAUUGAGAGAGAGACUAGGCCCAACUGCCUCUUAUGUCGAAAGUUUAAUUAAUAUUCAUAGAGCAUAUAUCAAUACUAAUCAUCCAAAUUUUAUCGGUGCAGCAGCAGCAAUGACAGAAGUCGUUGAAGAAAGGAAACUUAAAGAACAAUAUAGAAGAAGAAAUGAAAAAGAUGGAGGAAAGCCCAGAAAAUCAAUUGAGAGUCAUGAUGUCAGUAAUGAAAAUGAUAAAAAUAGUGACCAAAAUAAUGGCAAAGAAAUUAAUGGAAACUUGAAAAAUAAUGAUAAUAAUAUCAAUGCUAGUAAUACCAAUAAAAACACAAAUUCUUCCAACCAUAAUCUUAAUAACUUAUCCAACAAUGGAUCCAACAAUAAUGGAAGCGGGAAUAAUAAUGUAUUAAUUAAUGGAAACGUGAAUAAUCCUAGCAAAAAAAUAAUGAAUAUAAAGGAUAAUAAAUUAAGAAAAGGGCAUAGCAGAAUUGCAAGUGGAGAUUCAUUUGACAGUUUCAAUGAAGAAAAUUCUAGAAAUGAUUCAAAGGAUUCAUUUUUAAAUUACUUUUUUGGAGGCAAAAGUGAUAAAGAUAUCAUCAAUAAUAACGGUAAUAGCAAUAGAGGUGGCAGAAGAAAUUCUAGUAUUAAUUAUGGAAAUUCCAAUAAUGAAAAUGUUAAUUUUAACAGUGGAUAUGUUAGUAGUUAUGGAAAUUCUAGUAAUAAAUCCAUAUCCUCAAAUCUUAUGCAAUAUAAUUCUAGAGAUGGUUUAAUUCUGAUAAGUAAUGGGGAAUUGUUACCUCAGGCAUUGGAUGAUUUGAAAUUGAAAAGUACCAGUGAUCAAACUAGUAUUUCGGAUAUAACUGACAGAGAACAGUUAGAAUGCGAAUUAAUCAGAAGGCUAAUUAUAUCAUAUUUUAAUAUAGUUAGACAAAUGAUUGAAGACCAAGUUCCCAAGGCAAUUAUGUUUUUAUUGGUUAAUUAUUGCAAAGAAAGUGUUCAAAAUAGGUUAGUUAGCAAGUUGUAUAAAGAAAAUUUAUUCGACGAGCUACUUCACGAAGACGAAAAUCUUGCUCAAGAAAGAGAAAAAUGUGUCAAAUUGUUGCAAACAUAUAGGGAAGCCAGUAAAAUCAUUGGCGACAUUACUUGUCAUAUAAUUAGAUACAAAUCUCUCACCGAAUUAAAAGUCGAUAUCAAAAAAAUAACAACCAAACCCAUUAAAACACAAGAUUUAUUUGAUAUAUUGGAACUUAAUUCAACGUACUAUAACCUCAAAGAAAAUUCUAAUUCAUUUCGUUGUGUUUGGGCCAAACUCAAAACAAAUAAUUUCACAUAUAACAGAUUUCGUCCAUUCAUGACUGCAACUAAAAAUCAAUUUGGAUCUGAAUCUGCAUUUUCAAAAAUCCAAGAUGAUAUUAUUGAGGCUCAAAACACCAUAUUGAAUUCCAAAGACUCCAGGUAUCUUGAAACUCAAUUCAAAACAAUUUUAGAUAUCUAUGAAAAUUUGGUCAAAGGUAUUAGAGAUAAAUACAAACAUCGUAAUUAUAAUGAUUUAUCCAACUUAUAUUCAAUUUUGAAUGACUAUAGUUUUACACAUUUUUUUCUUCUGUCAUCAAGCUGGAUAAAUUAUUCAAAUUAG